AUGAGCAAUGAAAAGGGGUCGUUCACGCAAAAUGACGUCUCCUUUGCUCAGAUCCUUGGUGGCGAAUGCUCCAAGACCUGCUACCUGGGAUGGCAGGACCGCUUGCUCGACCAAGGCAGAGGCCGCACAGUCUUCGACAUGGUUUCUCUCCCCAAGAUUCGGAUGGCACGCCUGAUCGACGUCGUUUUCGGGGCCGUUUGUCGUGGAAUGGCGCAUCUCGGGAGGCAUGUGGUCGGUAGGAGGAGCCAUUUCCCCUCGGGCAGCCGAACAGGGUUCGUUUGCAUGAUUUGCCGUCGUGGCAGUUUCGCCAUCCUGCACGUGUCCGACGUCGAGGCUGCUUUUGCAAAGCUCACCUCGCAAGCCCUGUGA